AUGAACUUUCCGGUGCCCUGGCGCUCCCUCCUGCCAGCUGACGCGGUUCCGGCGGUCGCCGGGUCGGGUGGCGCCACGCUGCGGGAGAUCUGCGCCGCGACGAACGCGGGCAUCGAGAUAUCUGGCGAGGGCGAGACGCCGGCCACCCUGAGCGACAAGAUCUGCACCUUUACCGGCUCCGUGGAGCAGAAGGAGGCCGCGUGCCGACGGGUGGUGGACAGGCUGCGCGACGUGCAGCAGGUUGCCGACCAGGAGCCCGGGGUCUUCGUCAUCAUCGUGCCCGCCUCUGCGGCGCCGAUGGUGGUCGGGCAGAAGGGCUCGCAGAUCAAGGAAGUGAUCGAGCUCUCCGGGGCAGAGAUCAGCGUGGGCAAGGAGAACAUCCAGUUGCCGCGGUGGCGGAUCAUAGGCAUGAACGACCAGCCGAUCGGCGUGACCGGCACCGGGGGCCAGGUGGUGUCGGCCGUGUCCAAGAUCAACGCGAUCCUCCAGGACCUCGCCGACCGCGGCAGACUGCAGCCCGCCGACUUCAAGUACAGGCCCGGGGCCGUGCCGACGCAGGCCGCAGAGGGUGGCUUCCUGGGCGGCAUGCGGGGCGGCCAGCCGCCCGCGGGCAACCCCCGGGCGAACGCGAAGUUCGUCGUGGCUACUCAGGUUGCUGGGUGGAUCAUCGGGAAGCAGGGCCGGCACAUCCGGGAGCUGCAGGAGAAUUCCGGGUCUCACAUCCAGGUGAUGAAGGAGGGGGAGGUGCCGCCCGGCGUGUCCCCCGGCGACCGCAUCAUCGAGAUCGGAGGGCUUCCGGAGGCGAAGGCGGAGGGCGUCCAGAUCGUCCUCAUGGCUGUGGACAGCAUGCCCGCGCUGUCGGCGCCGCGGGAAACGCAGAUGCUCGUGCCGAAGGUGCUCGCGCAGCAGUCCAGCAUCCAGGAAACGCGGCAGAUGUCGGGGUGCGAGCUGGAAGUCCGGGAGCUGCCGGGCCACGGCGAGGCGCUGUGCACCCUGCUGGGCACCAUCGAGGCGCGCGUGAAGGCGGCCCAGCAUUUCCUCAGGCGCGUCGAGGAGGUGGCCAAGGACGGGCCCGCACCGCUCGUGGCCGCCGCUCCUGCCGCCGCAGCUCGCGAGGAGCGACCUCUCGCGGGCGACGUGUGGUCGCGGCCAGCCCCGGCAGCGGCCGCUGGCCAUCGUGCCGAGGCCGACUCGGACCCCUGGAGCCAGCUCCCAUGA